GAAAAACACGUCCAACUGGCGGGAAUCUUGCGUGCCAAAAGAUCUUGCAGAAUACACGGACAGGACAUGCGAGUGUGUUUACUUCCUUUUGUAAUUAUCAGUGAAGUUAUGUAGACACGGUCAGUCGUGAAGGUUAUAUCUGACUUCUUUUAUCAGCAUUUCAGAUGAGAAGUUCUACAAAAUAGAAAGAAGUGUGUGAUUUGAGGAACAUAUCCUGACACAGAAUGGUUCAAAUAGUCAUCUCGAGUAAUGCCGGUGAAAGCCCUGCUGAGUGGCUGUUGGUGGAGCUGCAGGGAGAAAUGGUGUCCAGACAAAACACUGGACUAGCAGGAAAUCUGAUGGGGGACCUGCACUACACUAAAGAGGGCGUACCAAUCCUUAUAGUCGGACAUCACAUCCUUUAUGGCAAACAGGUCAAAUUGGAGAAGCCGUUUGCUGUUCUGAUGAAGCACUCCGGACUCCCUCAGGAUGCGGAGGAAAACAUGGAAACCAACCAAGAGAAACCAACAUCUUACACCGUCUCGGCCCUCAUCAAAAAGAAGCUGAUAUUUAAAACCAGACCCAAACCCAUCAUCACCAAUGUGCCAAAGAAGGUAUAGCUAGUAUCCCGAUAUCAGAGACUAAAUGAUCAUGGAGUUAGUGCAUUUACUGCACACAUGCAUUGUUGUCAGAAAUGUGUUUCUGACAAUAAUAAAGAAGUAUGUGAUUAAGAGUGUUGUAAUAAUAAGCCUCAAGUGAAUUUCAACAACAAAAAAGAAGAAGUGCUCACUUUUGAAUUCAAGUUUAUUGUAUCAAAACAUCAGUUACAAGGAAAAUGUCCAAACUUAAAGAAUCUAGUUUCUUGUACACACCAGAAUGCACAUAAUAUGUAAAGUUCAAAUGAGAUUAAAAGACCUUGAUUGGCCAUUUCCAGGUAUUGUAGGUUCGGUAUGAAACCCAAACAAAAUGGUUUCAACUCAUGACUUGAAUAUUUGAUUCUGUGAGUAAACAUAAGCUGCCAGUGGCAAACUGUAAUCAUGGUUAAAUACUCUUAACCUCUCCUAUGAUGAACUAUGAACAAUUUAUUAUUCUCUAAUCUGUACAGCGUUAUGAAAAUAACUUAACAUGUUUUCCAAAAAAUAAAGUUUCCUAGAAAAAAAAUGUAGAUACACUGAUAUGUGUCUAGAUUUGUGCACGUUUAAAAUAUCUUUGAGAUUUACAUUAUAAAAAAUAUAUUACUUUACACUAUACUUGAAAUGACUGGUGUAAAUCUAGUAUUUAUUAAUUAAAUAUAAUUCACCAUCUUCAAAUUAACUUACUGGUUCUGUGUCUGGCAGGCAGCAGAGCUAUU